AUGGCUCUGAGAAGUGCUACUUAUGAGUACUCUCCACGUGCACAACCUUUAGAAGAUGUAGAGUACCCUCUUACGGUGCAGUACUGUGGAGAAUGUACACUGCCUAUUGAGUAUUGUGAAUUUUCCAGUGAUCCAGCAAAAUGUAAGGCAUGGCUUGAGAAGAACCUCCCUGAAAUAUUUGAAAAAAUGAAUUCUGUGGAACAGCUAGCUGAUGAAGGUAGUUCAAAGAAGAAAUCGCGUCAAAGUCGAGGUGGAAAAGGGUCGGGUCCUAAAAAACCUUCCGAACAAAAGGUGUCCAUCUCUCGUGCUACGAGGGGCAAGAACAAGUUCACAACAAGUGUUAUCGGCUUGGACACAUAUGGAAUUGAUUUGAAACAAGCUGCAAAAUUUUUUGGACAGAGAUUCGCCACCGGCAGUUCUGCUAACAACUCCGGAGAAAUCGUUAUUCAGGGCGAUGUUAAGUUUGAGCUCAUGGAGCUGAUUCCCAAAAAAUGGAAAGAGAUCCCAGAGGGGUCAAUCGAAGAUUUGGGAGACCUAAAACGCUAG